UGGCAUUCAACCCAUGAUAUGUUAGAAAGGCUGAUUUUACUAAAACCCAAUAUCGAAGAUUUUUUUACAGAGCAAUCUGAUUAUUUAUUGACUGAAGAUUGGAAAGAGAUAAUAACGAUUGUUGAAAUUUUAAAACCGCUAAAAAUCGCAACCAAACAAUUCCAAUCUGAACAGUUAACACUGACAGAUUUUUAUGCAGCAUGGUUAAGAUGCUGCAUCGAACUGGAAAAAAAUCCAAACCAUUUUGCUCAAUUACUAUAUUCUUGUCUUAAGAACAGAGAAGAAAGGUUUAUAAAGAACGAAAUUCUCUUAGCUGCCAUAUACCUGGACCCAAGAUACAAGGUAUUACUUAGUGAUGAUGAUAAGAUUUGUGCGAAAAAACAUCUUGUCAAUUUAUGGAGACGAAUUAAAAGCUUAACAACGCCGAUUUUAUCUGAUGAUAUUAGUUCCGAUGAAGUUAUUGAACAAGAAGAUGAUUUAGAGAAAUUGAUACAACUUAAAGAAAGGCAGGAGAAAAUAUUUAAAAGAGGGCCAACGAUUGCUGAGAAAAGUAUUGGAACAAUAAUUACUGGAUUUAGCGAUUAUAAAAGAUUAGAUAAGAAGGAAAAUAUUUUGCAUUUUUGGGAGUCUGCUAAGCUGGAACACCCUGAAUUAUAUAUUUUAUCUAAAAUCUUAUUUGCUGUUCCUGCAACCCAAGUUAGCGUUGAAAGAUCUUUUUCACAUUUGAAAUUCAUUCUUUCACCACAUAGAUCGAGGAUGAGUGAACAACUCUUGGAAGAUAUUAUGCUAAUACGUCUAAAUAAAAUUUUUAAAAUUGAUACAUGACUAUAGCUUUGUAUUUUUAACUAUAUUUGCCUAUAAAUAAAAUAAAAAAUUUAUUUUUUAUAUCAAAUUUAUGUCUAGUUUUUUAUUAUGAUUUAAAUAUAGAAUUUUUUUUAUCAACUCAAAAAUUCUUGAACCCGAACCGAACCCGAACCAAACCCGGGUUCAAAAAUAUUUCCCUGAACCGAACCCGAACCGAACCCACCUUUUUUUUUAUACCCCGAACCGAACCCGAA